AUGGAGAGCCCCUCGGAUGCUCUGACAGAAUAUGUGGAAGAAGUCGGCGAGGCAUUUAUGGAUCAGUUUUCUCCUUACGAGAAUGUUCAGCUAGCUUGUAUCCACGACUUCCUCGAGCGCUAUGUCUUGCCAUAUUUCAAAGACAUGGCAAGCCAUGAUGUCGAGUGGGGCCAAGCCUGUGUUCCAUGGGGUUUGGAAGUCCGGAACAAGAGAGUCCAGAUGAUUCUUAGCUUGGGUCUUGAGAGGAUUGUGCAGUUUGUCGAGGCAAAAUCCCACAAGGAGAGAGCACUCACCGUGCCAGAGCCGCCACAAGAACACCGGUACUUCAUCCAGAAGGCCCUAGAUCUGAGAACAGUUUCGCAGCACGCACAGCAACCUAAUCACUAUAAAAUCCCGGACUUCUUCAAGGAGACCGACAAUGGACCCCUGAACGCAAUGGCCUGGUCUCAGAUGUACGGCCCAUACCCAAAGCUCCCAAUAUAUAACGCCAACGAUCAUGAUAAACGCCGAUGGGGAUAUCUCAUGUGGGAUAUGUUCCGCAUCCGUGGCCUCCGCCUCAUCGAUUCGACUCUCAGGUACUAUCCGGCAGUACGGCCUGACCAAGCUCAGACCGAGGAUCAACCGCAAGAGGAGAUGGAGAAAUCGUGGACCGAGCGGGCCCGAUUGUACGAGCGUGGAGCUAGAGGUUGGUGGGACGUGGACAACGAGUCUCACCUCAUGUACGAGGAACCGUAA